GGGAGCAAUUUACGGGAAAACAGAGUAGCUCGCGGAAACUUAAUGGGAUGAGGCGGCGCGGUCGGGCGGUGCCGGCGGUUAUUGCAGCGGCGGCAACUUGUCUGAGCCGACGCUACAGAGAUGAUAGACAGAAAGAAAAGAGAUCCACUGCAGCGCCGGCGAAAAUCUUACGAAUCUCUUCUCUUUUUCUCUUCCUCAUCAUCUCCUACUCUUUCUCCUCUUCUUAUUUCUUCUCUCGCGGCUCUUUUCUUCUACUCUUUUUUUCUUCCGUCCUUAAUGGCUUGUUUCUUUCUUUUUUCUUUCGUAGAUGAACAUUAAGGCAGAGGUAUUUGGGAAAUUUAAAUGUUUGUUCCAGUCGCUUCUUUUCCUCUACGAAAUCUUAAGGCUUGUCUCUUCUUUUUG